AUGAGGCUGCUCCAGUUACAUCCCCAGAUACGCGCAGCAGCAAGAUGGAAAAACUCGCACACCAGAACAAUUUCCACCGCCAUCCACCAGCCCGAUCGUGUUCCGUGGAAUACUCUAGUGUCCAACUUGCAGUAUGACCCCCAGAUCGCGUGUAAAAAUGGGAGAGCAAACCUCAAGUUUCGCUUUCAGCACAACCAGGGUGAAUCGCUCAACUACUUUGUCGAUUCCUUGAUCCGGGCCAUCAAUGAGCAGGCAGACGAACUGCGCCGUACGUUUCCGGAAAACUAUGAAAUUCCAUCAUCCGAUGAUGUAGUAAUUAGCGAUGAAGUGACCAUGAGAAUCCUACCUCUCGUCCAUACCUGGCGUUCGCAUUGCUGGAACGGAAUUUCGGAUAAGCACGAAAUGGGAAUCACGAACGAUACCAUCGAUUCCGAGUUGUGUUCGCAUGCAGAGCACGACAAGGAUUGCAAAUGCGCAUUCCCUCUGGGGGAGAGGAAGAUGGCAGCGUUCCUCAGACAAUACGAGGAAAAUGAUUGUUAUUGCUUCAUGCAAGUAAACGGCGCGGCCUUUUUCAACCUCGAGAUCACCAAGACUCUUCUGAUACAGGGAGAAAUCGACACCAUUUUGAAAAUCUUUUCACAUCCAGAUGUUGACUAUUCUGAAUGGUGGAACCAGGCAGAAUGCCAUUGCAAUGCAUGCGAUUUCAACAUUGGCUUGGAUCAAAUGUAUGUCAUGGCUUUGAGAUCAUAUAUUACUCUCAAUGCACUGCUUCAUUUCCCCCAGCUGUGGAACCAUGGAUCAUCCCAUUUAGCAGAUACCAAUGACUAUCGGCAACUUUUCUCCUACCAAAAGAUGCUAAGGGAAGCCACGAAAACAAACCCGACGACAGAGGUGGCUACAUAUCCGCACAGGCAAUUCUUUGGUAUUACACAGCCCCAGUUCAAUGAUUUAACCAAGCUGAGAGAGCCAAGAGAAUGGGAGAUAUCCGCGAAGUCUGACACGCCCCUAAUGCUAGAAGUAGUUGGAGUACCUCGUCGACUGGUUGUGCCCCAUAAUCCCUUGAAUCCUAAGAACUUGUACGAGCUGCAGAUGUACCUUGAGUAUUGCUGGGGUCUGGUUCUGAGAUGCGUCCUACUAGACCGAGCACAGGAUCUCAGCUUUGGAGAUGAGAUUGAUAAGAUCACUCAGCUAGUGAACGAUCUGGGCUCAUGUGGUUGUUGCGGAGGCACAAGUGCUAUAAAAUACGGGCCAUAUGGGGGGCCAUCGCAAAGAUGGAUGCAUAGGUUCAUAUAA